AUGAUAAUAGCAGCCACAAGAAAUCAAUCACAAUCAUCCUCAUCCACAACACCGGGAACAUUCCAAUAUAUUUCCCAAGAUGAACUUCUCAGUCUAUACGAACAACGAAAGGGAACACAAUACUUUAUACCUGAAGGAUUUGAACCUGUGCUAAUACCACUUGCCAAGAAUGAAGGCAUAACCAACAACGAAGUAUCCAAACAAGUUGGAGAAAUGUGGCAUCGUGAGCCCAUGGAAGAAAAAUUGAGGUUCCAACGUAUGGCCGAUGAUGCUAAAAUGGAACACAUGAAAAAAUACCCAGAAUACAAAUACCGUCCUCGUAGACCUCAUGAAAAAAGGCGUAGAACAAAGAGACCACAAUCAUCAUCAAAUGCUUCAAUUGAUACAGUUAGCACGACAGAAACUUGCUUCGACUAUUUCGGUGCUGACGAAUCAAGACGUGGUUCAAUCAUAUCACUAAACGAUUUUGAUUAUGGUAAUGACUUUGAUCCUUUAUUUAAUGACGACAGCCAUGGAUUAUUAGCAGAAGAACAAUUAACAACAAUAACAUCAUCCUCAUCAUCCUCUCCUGAUCUUCAAUUUAACGUAUUGUCCAAUCCUGGCAAUAACAUUUGUGUCGGGUCCAAUAACAAUUCUUUUAAUACUGAUGCUUUAGAUUUUUUAAUGGAGAAUUCAGAAUCUUGUUGUCUAAAUAUUGGAUUGAAUAAGCGUUUGUGA